AUGGCAAAAGCGGCCGAGUCUGAGAAUACUUCUCUAUUGGAAAAACUUUUAAUAAAAGUGUCGUCAUUUCAUCAACAGUUACCAGACGACCUGUUUAAAUGGGGUCAGACAAUGCUAAACAGCACGUUACUCAAAUCCACUCAAUUCGGAAACAGGCACGUCGUGUCCCUCCUCAUCAAAUUUGGAGCCAAUAACUACAAAGAAUGCAUCGAUUCAUCUCGUCAGAACAACCACAUAACGGCUUUUUUAAAGAUAUGUCAGGCAAUUCUCGACGAAGAAGAAGAUGUCAUUGAUAUUUUAUUAGCUCGUAACGAUGAGGCCGUCGAGAAUUACGACAAAUACAGCGAAUUAAUAAUUUUCCGUAUCAUACUAGCGCCUCUGCUGCAAAAUGGUAAAAUCAACAUAUCCACUGCUAUUAACGUUGCCAUGACAAGUGGCAAGUUAUCCAUGGCAGGUCGGAUAUUGCAGCACGUGUCUCAUCAUCCGAGCAGUGGGAUCGUGGACUGGCAUGACUUAGAGCUAUCAUAUAUAGACCCUCAUUGGCUCCAAGGUCACGGGGUCAAUUCCUUUACCUACGUCGGACUCUCUUCUAACCUUUUAAAAUGCAUUCCGGAGCAGAUACUACGUUUUAAUAAUUUACAAAAAGUCCAGAUGCAUCACAAUCGUAUCACUGACAUACCACAUGAGCUCUUUUCGCUACCGAGGAUCAAAGAUAUUGACCUGUCUUUUAACUUGAUAUCAGCAUUGCCCUCGAGCAUUCAUUCCAACGUUGCCAAUUCACUCCAGUCCCUCAAUCUCUCUAACAACAAUCUCACUCAGCUACCUUCUUAUUUCAAACACUCUCACCUUCGCUCGCUGGAUAUCUCGUCAAACCUGUUUAGCAGCGUUCCUGAUUGCCUCACAGUCAUGGCCCAUUUGACGACGCUAAACAUCAGCUCUAACAUUGGUAUUGAGAUAAUCCCGUACGAACUAGGCAACCUCAGGCACCUCACAUUUAUUGGGAUGCACCGUCUCCCUUACAUUAAAAACAUACCAACGGCAAACAAGAGCUCGCCCUUGGAAUUCUUAAAAUCACGAGCUCGUACCAUACAGACCAUCACUCACUAUGACGUUAUGGUGGUGUCUGCUAGCAACACUUCUCCACAUAUUGUUGAAGCUGUUUAUAAUGCAAUCGAUCGGCAGUCAAAACGAAAGCAUUACUCCUGCCUUCAGUUUGAUGAUGACGCUCAAUUUCAAAUAUUUCAACAAUUCAUGUCCCUCCCGUCCAGUAUUUACGUUAUCUUGUAUGACAUAGGAAACCCAAGCAGCCUCUACUCUGUUCUCUCUCAUUUAUUUCUUUACUCUUCUUCUCCUACGGUGAUCAUCGCCGCCUGUUCCACUGACCCUUUCAUUAAUGAUGAUCACGUUAAAAUGCUCGAGCAUCAAAUCAAGCACUCAAAUUGGAAGCAGUACAGAGAGAGAGUGACCAUAGCCACGAUAUCAACUGACCAAGAGUCUCUGAUAGGUCGGAGUAACAGCAUUCACAGCCUGAUUGAAUUGAUUGAUCGAAAAGGCUCGUUUCGACGGACUACAGCAAUAGUGCCAAACAGCUAUAGCGUUUUGUCCGAGUAUACCAAGAGUGAGGCUACAAGAUUAAUAGAGGAUAACAAAGCUCCUAUAGUCAGCUCAUGGGACAUGUGGGAGCUAGUGCGCUCCAGUCCUCAUCAUGAUUUAGCCGGCCACAAGGAGCUAUCGCUCGUUACGUCGUUCCUCCAAUCAAUAUCAUCAAUACUACUGCUGCCUGCUAAUAAUAGCAACGAAAGGGAUUGCUAUGUCUUGAAUAGGCAGUGGUUUGUCAGGGCUAUGUCCGGUUUAUUGAGAAAUCAUCAAAAUUUAAGGAUUGCCAAUGGUCUUUAUCCGGUACGAAAUCUUUGUGAUCUCCUCCACCCGUAUUUUUCUACGGAUAUACCUUAUGCUGUUUAUACUGUGGCUAGCCUAUUAUCAUUGGCUAUACCUGUAACGAGUCAUAACAUAUUAAUCAAGAGCAUGUUACAGUCUGCUAAUAACGACCCGAUCGCUUCCGAUUUAUCAUCUCAGUAUCAGAUUCAACGUCUGUACAAGUUUGAGUCGCUCCCAAUGUCUCUAUGGCCUCGUUUACUGUCUCACUUAUUAAUAAAUAUGAACGGAAUGAUUAAUAGACUAACUGAAGACAAGAUGGGUGAGCAGCUACUCGAAUCUUUUCAUAAUAAUGCAGUGAAUUGGAACUACUGGGCGAGUGGUAUUAUUGUUUGGAUAAAUGCGACUUCACUGGUCUACAGCAUUGAAUCAAUUAAUAAUUUCUCACUAAUCAUUAGUGUAGCCAAUACCCCGCUUGGCAUACGAGCUAUGAAUCUCUUAUCAUUUACAAUAAAUACACUAAUAAUGAACUGGUAUCCUCAGCUGUGGGAUACAGUUUCUAUCAACGGGAUCUGCAGUGUCUGUUAUUCGAAUGACGAGUCCCUAUCUUUAUUUCCUAUCAACGAUUGUUUUAAUUCCCUGACCAAUGCAAGGACUCUUUCGUGUCCGAAAGAUCACGAGUUAUCUCCUGUUGCGAUAAUACCUGAUAUCUGUGAUGAGGACUUUGUCAUGAUCUCUAUGAUCAAACUCAAUGUUAACAUCAAAGACAUGUCGUCAUGUCUAACAAGGCCUCCACUGGAAACCGUUUUUAAAGGUGAAUAUGGUAGCGUUCCGAUAGCAGUGAAACCAUACCCACCUCCAAACGACAGGAGCGCUAAUAAUCCUUUUCUCUCAUUCUGGCAUGAGAUAACAACACUGCAAUAUGCCACACAGACAGAUCAGUGCCCAUACAUUAUCGACCCAUUACUGGCGACUACCGAUCCUUUUUCAUUGGUCUUUAGCUUUGCCAUGUUCUGUUCUAUGGAGGACGUUAUCUUAGAGCACACGAUUAGCGUCUCUCCAUUCCUAAGAAUGAGGAUAGUGUAUCAGUUAGCCUCAGCAUUGAAGACCCUUCACUCGUUGAAGAUAAUCCAUCGCAACGUCUGCCUUGAGAAUAUCAUAGUGUAUUCACUGUCACUGGACGAGCAAGUUAACAUUAAGCUAGGCGGAUUCUCUCGGUCAUGUCUAGAGAUGUCACAAGGUCUGGCUGUUGGAGAGCAUGGCCGCUUCCCUGCUCCGGAGAUGAGUAAUUAUUUAUACGAGUAUGAUCAGAGGGCAGACGUAUUUUCAUUUGCUUUCACAUCGUAUGAGAUACUAACAAGAAAGAAGCUAAAGUGUCGCAAGGGAGUGAGAUUUCAGACGGCAACGGGUAACGCUGAUCGGCCUAAUCUGAAACCGUUAAAUGGACUUUGCCCGUACUUCACUCCAUUACUGGACAAAUGCUGGAACAACGAUCCACACAAGCGACCCUAUUUCAUAGAAAUACUCCACCAGUUCACUAAACCAAUGCCGGUCCUUACAAGGGAAGGUUACUGCAUCAACGAGACUCACGAAUACAAUGCAUCUGCUGUGAGAUACAACAGAGAAUCAAAUGGGACAUUCUCUUGUGAUCUAUACAUCUGCAGUAGCGUCUUAAGCAUGAAGGACAGCACAGUCCUGACCCAUCUCUCCAUUCCUGGUUUCAAAACAUUGAAUAAUACGUCUCUCCCUGCACAAUGCAUCGUCUGCAUGGCCUGCACUAGGGAGUAUCUCUGGGUCAGUUUCCAGCAUAAUUUUGUAAGAGUCUAUUCUGCUAGUAGUCUAGAAUUCAUCAAAGAGCUGACAUUCGAUGCACACGUCCUUGUGAUGGCUGUCAGUCCUGAUUGCGUGUAUCUUGGAAAGGAGGACGGAGAGAUCCAAGUAUUUAACUUGUCACAGCCUUCCCCGUUGCAUGGGGCGUAUAGAACUCGUGUCAUUUCUUACCAGAAGCCGAUCAAGUCUCUUCAAGUUUUAGAUGACUGCAUAAUUUGCUGCACGAAAAAUUCGUUUUAUCGAGUCCAUCCAAACACACUUCACGUGCUACAAGAGUUUCUACUCAUAUCGGAAACUGGAGUGAAGUCAGCUGUCGUUGCAUUAGAUCGUAUGAACAACAAUGAGUAUUUAUGGGUCUGCUUUAGGAGACUACAAGAGCUUGUUGUCUUUAAUUGUGUCAAAGGGAAGGCUAUAUACGGUGUAAACUGCUCUCAAGUUAUCGGGAAAGAUAGAGCUGAAGUGUGGAUUACCUGUAUUCAGGUAGUACUUGAUACUGUAUGGGUUGGACUUAACACUGGACACAUUUUAACAUUCUCUGCAUAUUCUCUGACGCCACUACUUCUCACUUACUUCAAACCACACAAAGAGAACAUCAGGCAGCUCGUGCUGCUGCAGCCUUCGUAUUGGAACCCUGAUGUCCACAGCAAGUUUUACGACGAUGAGUCUGUUACAACUGACAGUGACUGUGGGACUGUGCCUUUCUCUCCAAUCAGCGGUACCUAUGGUGGAUCGGUUCCAAGUAAUCCAUCACUACCAGCUCAAAAUGUUGUAAUACCUGAAGUUUGCUCUGUCCUCUCUUGCGGGCAAGGUGUGUACAAGCCGAUCCCAAAGAUAAGCGAAGAUGGUAUUCUAUUGCACGAUACUGACCCUGUUAAUGGAUUAUGUGUUCUGAAAAUGGACGGGCCUGAUGCCUCUGGCUGCAUUAAAUUAGAAUGUCAAGCACAGCGACAGUCGCGUCCUUAUAUGGCCAAUUAUAACGAAGCCUUGUACACGAAUGUAUCGAGGGCAACUUCAUUUAACGAGUCACAUCGUCUGUUGCCGCCCACUCCUUCAGUUAAUAAUGAAGCCACGCCCAACGAGCUUUCAUCUGAUGUUUAUGAGUCGAUAGUGCUUAGUCCAAAACAUGAUCCAGAAUUAGCUGAUUUCAUAUGCAUAACUCCUAGUGACGUACCAUCUCACCUAUCUGAUGACACACCAGUCCCCAGUAGGACCCAUUCAUUUGUCAACCACAGUCCCAUUGUCGCACCAGUGUCACCCGGUUUCCAACCAAUGUCCCCCAGUGUCCAACCAAAGUCCCCCGGUGUCCUACCAGCAUCCACCAGUGAUCCACCAACGUCCCCCAGUGUCCAACCAACGUCCCCCAGUGUCCAACCAAAGUCCCCCGGUGUCCUACCAGUGUCCACCAGUGAUCCACCAGUGUCCCCCAGUGUCCCGUUACUAUCCCCCAAACCGCCAUUGUCCCCCAGUGCUCAUCAAUCAUCAGAUAAUGAUCAUGAUGAUGGAUUACCAUUGACAGAUUCAGAAGAUGAAGGCGAAGGUUAUGUACGCAUGAAAAGUGCAUCAGUUUCUCAACCACCAAAGGCUUACAAACCUCUUCAUAAAUUUCUUGAUAAAAGCAGAUCUCUUCCACCUGCUAGAUAUCAGCCUCUGGGUCUGUUAGAAAGUACUGAUUCUGGUGAUUCUAUUCCAAGUAAUCCGUCGUCACCAGCAAAAAAAUUAACGCCGGAAAAAAAAUAUUAAUCAAUCAAAUAAACAAGUGAAAUGUUUGACAAUUAAAAUACAUGCGCUAUGUGAAAAAGUAUCAUUUAUUAUUAUUAUUAUUAUUAUUUUAAGAGUGUUUUACCAUUCUCAA